AUGGACGACGCUCUGACCGAUAUCGCUCCUCGAAAGGAACCUAAACGCCGGAUCCAAGCGCCGAUACCCACCGUAGAUCGAGAAGAGAAAUUAUGGGUGGUCAGAUUGGGCUAUUUCGAGAGCCUCACCGUGAACGAAGCAGAAUACAACGUCCUGAUCCUGGGACUCGACAUGCUAGAGAGCCUAGAUCGCAGACGCCUGGUGGUCUGCGGUGAUUCCAACCUGGUGAUCCGACAAGUACGGGGCGGGAUCGACUGCAAAGCACCCGGGCUGACGCUAAUAAAACAGAAGGCCCUCGAUCGCCUGAGGCAAUGGAUCAAUCAUGAACUAGUGCAUGUGAAGAGAGACUGGAAUGGGAGUGCAGACAGGCUAGCGAGCGCCGCUUUGCAACGCCAAGGCGGGAUCGAGGUCCAAGGAGGGUCCAAAUACCAUGAUCUGGUCACCCUGAACCGGUUGGACGAAAUCCUGAUUCCCAAGACCGAAACCCCGGUGGUGCGAGUUGCGGCGGUCACCACCCGAGCUUUUCGAAUCACCCUCGGGAGUCACGCACAAGGACCGGAUCCGGGAGAUGUGGGUCGAUCGGAUCAGGCAGGCCCAGGAGGAGGAAGUCUGGAUCGCAGGUAUGAAAAGUAUCUGAGUGGCUCGAUCGCUGACCUCACGCAGGCAGAAGCGAGAUCGUACGGCAAGAUCGCGACUGAUUAUGAGGUGGACAAGCAAGAUCUACUCUUCUACUGCCCUCCCACGCCGAGAUCGGGGGAUGAUCGCGAUCGCUUGCUGAGACUGGUGGUGCCCGAAACCAAUCUGACAUCCUGCAACACUAUCACACUACGCUGGAAGGCGGACAUCAGGGAGUGGGGCGUACCUACCAGCGGAUCAGGGAUCACUUCCACUGAAGAGGAUUAUAUCGGAGGAAAUGUGGGGGAAUGCGUGAACUGUGAAACGGGAAAAGGAAAACCCGUGAUCCGGAGUGAAUCACCAGGGAACCUGCAGGCGACGUACCCGUUCCAGAUCAUUGCGAUGGAUCCCAUACCGUCGCUGCCUAGAUCCCGCAAGGGGAACACUGAGUUAUUGAUCUGGGUCGAUCUGUUCACAGGAUACUUGAUCGCGAAAGCUAGCUCGUCCCGGUCGGUCCCGGAAUCGUACGAAGAGUGUGUAUUGCGACGUUUCGGUGCCAUCGAGAUGAUCCGGCAUGAUCGAGAACCGGGAUUCAUGUCCGACUUCUUCCGGGCGUUUAACAAGAUCAUGGGACAACGGCAGCAAGCGACGAUGGCAUAUCGGCCGAAAGCCAACGGGAUCGCACAAAGAAUGGUGCAGACUGCGACCAGGGCACUCAAGAUGUACGUUCGCGAUCUCGAUCAGGAAUAUUGGGAUGAGUAUGCUGAGCAACUUACCUUCACGAUCAACAUGGCCCACGAUAGGAUUCGAGGUGAUAUCCCCCAUUAUCUGGUGCAUGGGUGGGAUCCGAGAUCGACGUUGGAGGCUACCCUGCCAGUCGGGUGCACCAGGCGGCGCGAUCGAGACGCACGAAGGUGGCGUUAUCGGGUCCAACGACAUUAUCAUCAGUCGCGGGAGCAAGUCAACGUUAGAUUGAGAGAAGCCAUCGCGGAUUGGGCCUUUCGACACAACGAGGAUGUCGGAUCGCACCAGAUCGAAGCCGGAUCUCGCAUCUGGUUAUACCUAGAUCGGGUGAAGGAAGGAUACGCGCGGAAAUUGGCUCACCUUUCGCACGGGCCGUUUCGGCUCGAUAUCGCAGGUACCGGGUACCCGAUCUUCCCAGUAGUUCACGUGUCGAAGCUGAAAUUGGUCAAGGACUUUCCGGAUCGGCCGCGAAUAGAACUCACGGUGGACGAAUCGGAUCGCCUCGACUUCGAUGAGAUCCUGCUUCCGGAGAACAGCUGGGUCCCAGAUCUCGGAGGCAACGAGUACGAAGUCGAACGUAUCUCGGACGUACAAAGUGGGAAGAAAACGCGAUUCGGUCGGAUCUACCGAGAGUUUCUGGUGCAUUGGGUAGGAUAUAACGAGCUGACCUGGGUCGACGAAGCCGAUCUCAACUGCGGAGCGAUACUGAACACCUUCCUACGGGAACAUGCGAAUCGUAAUCGCUUCAACGUGAUGCAAUCACAUGAAGAGGAGUAA